CUUCACCACACCUAUAAAUACCAGAUCGCUUCGGCCGAUGCAUGAUACCUCAGUCUUCGGUUUUCUUUUCUUGUUUGUUAGAGCUUCUCAUUAAAAACUCAAAGGGGGGUUAGGUUUAACUUCAAAGUUAAACCUCACAAACGUAUUUUUGUGUGUAAUUUGUUUGGUUGGUGUACGCAUCUCCACCUGUCGGAUACAAGAGAAAAAUGACACAACUCUUGAUUACCUUCUUCCUUGGAAUAUGCGCCUGGUCUGCUACUGGACAACAGGGCAUCGUCUUUGACAGAAAUGAAUUGGGACGAGCAUUCGAUGGUAUUGGUGGUAUAAGUGGUGGAGGGGUAAGUACUAACCCUUUUUCAAAAAAAAUUUUGGGGGUGGGGGUGUUUAUUUGAGACUAUGGGUAUUAUAUUUCGUGUUUUCAAUUUGAAAAGGUUGAAUUGAAAGCUAUUACAUGCUACUGCUAGCCAUGUAUCCCAUGGUACACCAGAAGGCAAAGCGCUAUAGAUGUAGAACAAGUACCCAUUUUCUUAGGUCAAGUUUUACAUAAAUAAAAUUCCGGUGCUGUUUAAUUUAUCUGUCAUUUCAAAAUGCUUGCGAAGUUUAACAAAUGGAAUUACAAACAGUAACAUUCAUUUUAACAAGAUUCCCCCCCCCCCUCCCCUUUUUUUUCCUCUCCUUUUUUUUUCCUCGAGAAAAACUCUUAAUUUUCCGAAAAUGCCGCCCCUCACAAGGACAAAAGUGUCGACCAGGGUGUUACCAGGCGAAACGCCCUUCUCCGGACCCCCCACUUCUACUACACCGCUGAGUCAUGCAAUAAACUUGGAAAUUAUAUUUUAAGAUUUCUAGAUAUAGUUAUCAAAGUUUCUGAAAUAUCUAGUCUCACUAGGUCGUUGGAAGUCCAUUUAUUAGUAGUAGUAGUCUGGCAUUUGGGUGGGUUCAAGCAUGAAUACAUGUGAAAAAACUACUUGUUUUAUAGUGAAAUAUAGCAUGUUCCGUUUCUGGAAAAAAAUUUUCCUGCAGUGAAAACAAAGCAUAUGUGUAAGAAAUUAGCUAUCUAUUCUUCAAAUUGUCAGUUAUUAACGCUGGAAGCUUUGAAUAUUUUAUUGGUCUUAAAACCAGCAUUUGGAGAUAAUUCUUCCAUACUUCAUGAGCAACUUAAUUUUCUGAACCCAAGUAUUUAUUGCGUGGCUUAAUGUAGCGUAACGCUGUCGGCGAUCAUUUAUUAGGAUGGAAUCCUCCCUUAUAAGAAAUGUCCAUAUUGGAAGAUAAGGCCUAAUCAUGCGUUGAUAAAGAUAAAAAGCUCAUUACUUGGGGCCAACGUUUUCAUUGGAAAAUUUUCAAAAUCUAGCACCUCCUGACAACUUUUCCUUAUUAGACAUGUCAGAUAUAUUGUCAACUUUUGGAAGUUGGCCAGCUUUUUGCCUGGCCAGCUUUUUGCCUGGCCAGCUUUUUGCCUGGCCAGCUUUUUGCCUGACCAUUACCAUUUUUUAGAACAUUUUUAAUUAUCAACCAGUAGCGUACGCAGACGUGUGUAUGGGAGGGGGGGGGGGUUGCGGUCCACCCUGGGCUGUUUCAUUUUAAUUUUAGUGUGAAAUAAAAAGCUUUUUGCCUGGCCAGCUUUUUGCCUGACCAUUACCAUUUUUUAGAACAUUUUUAAUUAUCAACCAGUAGCGUACGCAGACGUGUGUAUGGGAGGGGGGGGGGGGUUGCGGUCCACCCUGGGCUGUUUCAUUUUAAUAUAACUCUGAAAUCAACACGGUCUCUUAAGUUUUCCUUGCCUCUGUCCUGACCUAAGCACCAAAUGUUAUUCGGACCUGAUUCUACAUACCACCGUCGCAGCCCGGUUGUAAUGCCAAUAGGUCGUUUCCACUAUUUGUCUAAGUCGUCGACUCAAUAUUUCUGGAUUCAGGUCAUCAUCAAAUUAAAGAUCAAACAACAAAGUGUUUCGCAUAAAUCCUUACUAAAAUGUCAUAUCCAGCAAUGGGGGAAGGGGGGAACAUUUGACAACAUGCAUACAAGUAACGCACUUUAUAAGAAUCCCAAUUAUUAGAGCCCCCCUCCCAAAGCUCGCAACCACAAAUGUUUUCACACCCCUGAACUGUAUUAAUACUCUAAUGACCCGCACCCACUUUUACAUCGCAGAUUUAUUUCACCAACUAUUUCAGAAAAGCAACCCAUCAAAAUAUAUGACGCCCAAAAAGCACUUCCUAUACAUUUUUUAAAAGAAUCCCAUAUAGCGCAGUUAUCGGGAAUUAUCCAUCCUUAAAUAACGGGAAAAACUGAUUGGGGGUGGUUGGGGGUGGAGCUGAAAUUUUGAUACAAUGUUAUAAUCGGCAACGAGUCUAUGCGCCAAGUUUCAGUUCACUAGCUGGAUGGCAAGUUGGUCAAUUAGCCGUCCGAAGAUUUUGUCAAAAGCGAAGUUGAAAAAGGGAUUUAAAAAUAGGGAACGAUAAAAAAUGAUACUUUUACGGUAACAUGUCUUCCCCCCCCCCCCCCCCCCCCCAAAUUAACGAGAAGUAACACUGCGUGAAUAACGAGGUCCAAUAACAAAUUCAAUUCAACUGAAAAUUAAAGACGCUGUAAAAAUAUAUAUAUAUAUUUCUCAUUUCAGGCUACUUCCAAACUUUUGGUUAAUUACCCUAAAGAACAGAGGGAUCAGAUACUUGAUUUUCUCUUUAAGGUAGGACUUUAAAAAUUGGACAGAAGCUACAGUUUGACAUUUUGCCUUUUGUCUAAUAAUUCAAAGUAAUUAACAUUUGGGAUUAAAUUAUGUUAAACUUAAAUACAAUAAAUAUUUUGCUACAAGAACUCCCAAGUUACAGUUGAACUAUAAAUAUUCUGGGAAAACAUGGCAUGAAUAACUUCAUUUUAUAAUUUUGAUAUUUUAAAUUGUUUUCUCAGCCAAAUUUUGGAGCUUCUCUUAACAUCUUAAAAGUUGAGAUUGGUGGCGAUGCUCAGACUACUGGUGAGUUUGAUGAUACUUUUACUGAACUUUUACUAGUUCAUAUUUAUCACUUAAAAUGUAUACCAUUUUUAAAAGGUUCUUUUAUGCUUAAAACAAUACGAUUUUUCAUGCUCAAAACAAUACGAUUUUUCCAUGCAGAUGGUACUGAAGCAUCUCACAUGCACAACAGUUGGGAGGAAAAUUAUGAACGCGGUUAUGAAUGGUGGUUGAUGCUUGAGGCAAAGAAGGUGAAAUGUGAUUCAAAAGAAUUUGAACUUUUUUUUUUUAAUUCUUUUUUUUAAUAAUUUUUUUGGUGUUUUUUUUAAAAUAGUUUUUUAUAUUUUUCUAUUUGCCUUUCAUAAAAAUCCAAAUUAAAUAUUUUAUUUCUAAUUAUGAAACAUUAAAUUAUAAUGAACUGUUCAAAUGUUAUCAGAAAUUAGUUUUAAAAUCAUAGACAUUUUAUUUUUUACCUGGAAUUUAAAUACUUUGUUCUAGAGAAAUCCAAACAUUAAGCUUGUUGGUCUUCCGUGGGCAUUUCCUGGCUGGCUAAAAAAAGAUGCAAAUAAUCCAUAUAGUGAUGUCAAUAAAACAGCAGACUACGUAGUAAGAUGGGUUAGUGGAGCCAAAGCAACUUACAAUUUGACAAUUGACUACUUAGGGGUAGGUAGCAUUUUUUUUUAUGUAACAUAACAAAGUUUGAUUAAAAAUGCAUUUAAAUUAUUUUGUCUUGCAUAUUGAGACUAUUUCAUAAUAUACAUUGUGCAUAAUGAUUAACCUGUUGUAAAUGUGAAAUAAUUGGCAUUCUUCGGAAUUUUUUUGCAUAUUUAAUUUGAUAAAUCUUCUUUGUGGUAAUGUGAAAAAAAAAUAUAAAGUGCUUCUAUAAUAAUUAAAAUUAAAACUUAUGUUUUUCAGAUCUGGAAUGAGAGAUACUAUGAAGUCAGCUACAUAAAGGUGAGAUUUAGCUUAGCAUUAUGACAAGUCAUGCGGGGAGAGAAUCAAAUAUGAUUAACUAAAGUUCUAAUACAACGGUCAGCAGCCUACUGCACCCUUACCAAAUGUGGCAUUAUCAUAAAUGACUAAAAACGUCUUGUUAGAUAAUCAAAAUGGGUCCGCCAACUAUUAUAGCCAAUAGCCUACACCAAAAUAUAUACUUUUACACUGCUGUUACCCCUGAUUUGAAAGGAAGCAAAUUAAAGACUUUUUUAAUUUCGAAAUGGUUUAUUGAAUCUAUUUCUUUUGAGAAUACAAAUAUAAAUAUAAAAGUACAAAAUAAAUUUGAUGCAAGAAAAUAAUAAAAAUCCUUGUCCUUCUUAUGGAGAAUUUUAAAAUUCACUUUCAAAUUUUGUAUAAAUGUUUCAUUUUUAUACAAUAAAUUCAUAAUUUUGGCUUUUUAAUCAGAGAAAAUGUGGAUAAUGUUUUGGGGUUAAAUAAUUGAUUUCUAUUUGUUUUUGUUAAUUUGAGUGAAAACUUUGCAAAUUUAGGUUGCUGCAAAAGAAAGCAACUUUUUGACUGCUUCGUGGUGAGCAAUUCUGAAAACUUUGGAUGUUUUGAUCAAAAGCAGUGCAGGGGUACGCAACGCACCCCAGAUACCCUGAGUGGGUAAAAACCCGCACUGGGGGAUGACAUAAAAAAUGGGUAAAUUGGACAGAGCUCGAUCAAGUUGGUUUUAUAACACAACUAAGUUUUAAUAUAAGAGCAUGGUGUAACCUGUUGAGUAGGGUACCACAAAAGCAGCUUGUCACAUGAGCAGAGUGUCAACAGAGCAGGCUCACUUUGAGAUCCACUGAGCAUAGGAUAAAAUAGGCGAAAAUGAUGUAUAGAUGACCAGAUGUCGGUGCUAGAUGGCCAGCCACAAAUAAGUUAUUGGGUGCUUUUGGUUUUUUACAUAGGCCAGAUGCAAUAUUGCCAGAAAAAAUAUUGCGUAAAAUUCAUGUCAAUAUUUUGUCUAUUGAGCCCUCAUCACCCCAAAGAUUUCCAAUUUUUACAAUAUAAAAUGUUUUAAUGUAUUACUUCAGGCGCUGCGUUACACUCUUGACAGCAAAGGAUUUCAAAACGUUAAGAUUGUUGCAGCUGAUGAAGGAUGGGAAAUCGCCUCAGAUAUCUCUAAAGAUACAGAGUUGGCACAAAUUGUGCAUGCACUUGGGUAAGUUCUACUUACUUUUUAGGCAUUAAUAAGUAAAUGCUUUUAGUUAAGCAUUACAAGAAUGUAAUCCUCAACUGAUACAUUUCCAAAACAUAAUUUUUCACUACUUGGCUUGCUUAUACAUCUUUUCAUAAUCUCCUGCUGAAAUUUAAUGAUCUUAAGUUGUUGAAGAAUGGCUUAUAUUGUAUUUUUAGUUCUAUGGUAAUUCAGAAUGGCUUAUAUUGUAUUUUUUGUUCUUUGCUAAUUGAGAAUGGCUUAUAUUGUAUUUUUUGUUCUUUGCUAAUUGAGAAUAAUAAUAAUAAUAAAGUUCAUUUAAAAAACACGCUUCAUCCCCAAAGGCUCGAAGCGCGGUACAAAGUAACAAAAAACAUAUCUAUAAUUCACCACAUUUAAAACAAACACAACACUACAAAAACUAAUUACAAGCAUACAAAAUGGCUUAUAUUGUAUUUUUUUUUUAAUUGUGGUAAAUGAGAAUGACUUGUAUUUUAUUUAUUUUUUAUUGUGGUAAUGUUGAAUUUUACCAAUCACAUGUUACUUUAUAAAAUCUGUUUCUAAGAUGCCAUUACCCAGGAACGGGGGCGUGGGACUUUGCUAUUAGCUUAAAAAAGCCUCUGUGGGCUGCAGAAGAUUACAGCACUUUCAAUGACAACGUUGGAGCAGGAUGCUGGGCUAGAGUAAGGAUAAUUAGAUGCUAGGUUGAGUAAAGAUAGCUGAUGGGUUGAGUAAAGAUAAUUUGAUGCUGGUUUUAGUAAAGAUAAUUAGAUGCUGGGUUGGAUUAAGGAUAAUUGCAUGCUGGGUUGGGGUAAGGCUAAUUGGAUGCUGGGUUGGAGUAAGGAUAAUUGCAUGCUGGGUUGGGGUAAGGCUAAUUGCAUGCUGGGUUGGGGUACAGCUAAUUGGAUGCUGGGUUGGGGUACAGCUAAUUGGAUGCUGGGUUGGAGUAAGGAUAAUUGCAUGCUGGGUUGGGGUAUGGCUAAUUGGAUGCUGGGUUGGAGUAAGGAUAAUUGCAUGCUGGGUUGGGGUAAGGCUAAUUGGAUGCUGGGUUGGGGUACAGCUAAUUGGAUGCUGGGUUGGGGUACAGCUAAUUGGAUGCUGGGUUGGAGUAAGGAUAAUUGCAUGCUGGGUUGGGGUAUGGCUAAUUGGAUGCUGGGUUGGAGUAAGGAUAAUUGNUUGGAUGCUGGGUUGGGGUAUGGCUAAUUGGAUGCUGGGUUGGGGUAUGGCUAAUUGGAUGCUGGGUUGGGGUAUGGCUAAUUGGAUGCUGGGUUGGGGUAUGGCUAAUUGGAUGCUGGGUUGGGGUAUGGCUAAUUGGAUGCUGGGUUGGGGUAUGGCUAAUUGGAUGCUGGGUUGGGGUAUGGCUAAUUGGAUGCUGGGUUGGGGUAUGGCUAAUUGGAUGCUGGGUUGGGGUAUGGCUAAUUGGAUGCUGGGUUGGGGUAUGGCUAAUUGGAUGCUGGGUUGGGGUAUGGCUAAUUGGAUGCUGGGUUGGGGUAUGGCUAAUUGGAUGCUGGGUUGGGGUAUGGCUAAUUGGAUGCUGGGUUGGGGUAUGGCUAAUUGGAUGCUGGGUUGGGGUAUGGCUAAUUGGAUGCUGGGUUGGGGUAUGGCUAAUUGGAUGCUGGGUUGGGGUAUGGCUAAUUGGAUGCUGGGUUGGGGUAUGGCUAAUUGGAUGCUGGGUUGGGGUAUGGCUAAUUGGAUGCUGGGUUGGGGUAUGGCUAAUUGGAUGCUGGGUUGGGGUAUGGCUAAUUGGAUGCUGGGUUGGGGUAUGGCUAAUUGGAUGCUGGGUUGGGGUAUGGCUAAUUGGAUGCUGGGUUGGGGUAUGGCUAAUUGGAUGCUGGGUUGGGGUAUGGCUAAUUGGAUGCUGGGUUGGGGUAUGGCUAAUUGGAUGCUGGGUUGGGGUACGGCUAAUUGGAUGCUGGGUUGGGGUACGGCUAAUUGGAUGCUGGGUUGGGGUACGGCUAAUUGGAUGCUGGGUUGGGGUACGGCUAAUUGGAUGCUGGGUUGGUAUGGCUAAUUGGAUGCUGGGUUGGGGUACAGGUAAUUGGAUGCUGGGUUGGGGUACAGGUUAUUGGAUGCUGGGUUGGGGUAAAGCUAAUUGGAUGCUGGGUUGGUACAGCUAAUUGGAUGGUGGGUUGGGGUAAAUAAAAAUUGGAUGCUGGGAUGGGGUAAAGAUAAAUUGGAUGCUGGGAUGGUGUCAAAAUAAUUUGGGGUAAUAGUCUGGGGUAAACAUAAUUGGGAUUAUAGGCUGGGGUUAACAUAAUUGGGAUUACAGGCUGGGGUUAACAUAAUUGGGAUUAUAGGCUGGGAUUAACAUAAUUGGGAUUACAGGCUGGGGUAAACAUAAUUGGGAUUACAGGCUGGGGUUACAGUAUUGAUGGUUGCUGGUUUGGUGUAAGGAUAUUUUUUGUUGUGAUUUAAAUUCUUUUCUUUUAUUAGAUGGGAGGAAUUGUUCCUAAUACAUAUAACAUUAUUUCUUCCAUUUUUUUUAUCCUCAGAUAUUAAAUCAAAACUAUGUUAAUGGUUACAUGACUGCGUAAGUCUUCUUUACUCGGAUUUAAUUAUAUUUUUUAAAUUGUACCUUUUCUGAAUAGCGUAAUGUAAUUAUUGUAAGUUUUUUGAUAAACGGCAGAAGAGAUUUCUUAUUGUCUAUAAUUUGGACAGAACAAUCGCUUGGGAUCUAAUUGCAAGUUAUUAUGAGGAUCUUCCUUACACAAGAGAUGGCUUGAUGACUGCCAUGCAGCCCUGGUCUGGUCACUAUGUGGUAGAGGGUCCCAUAUGGAUAACUGGUUAGUUAAAAUUUUUAUUGUAGACCUACAAAUAAAAUUAAAUAAAAAUAUGCUUCAAACAAGUUUGAACUUCAUCUUAAAAUCACUUUGAUUCCGUUUUGUUUUUUGUUUUUUUAAAUAAAAUUUAAUUUCACAUUCCAAACCAAUUGGAAGAAUUGUACCAAGCAGUUACUACACUUAAUGUUAUGAUAAAUGGUCAGUCACUGUGCAUUAAUUUUCGUCUAAGGGAAAUUACUGUUGUUUUUUUAAUUUAAUAUUUGGAACUUGCAAUAAAUUAAUAAAAUUGUUACAUCCUUAUAAUUAACAUUCAUAAUUAUGACCUGCUUCACUUUAACACUAAUUUAAUUGGUCAAAUUUACAGGAUUUUUAUUUUUGUAUUAAAUAAUUGUAGAGGAUCUUCUAGCAAUUAUUAAAAUUAAUAAAGUACCGGUACAAAGUUUAAAUUAUUUGUGAAGAAUCCGCUAGAACUAUUUUUUUCAAAAUAUUUAAUAGACCUUUGCAUGAUUCCUUCUCACAAUAUUACAAACAUCUGACCAAAAUUUUUAUAUAAUAGCUCACACAACACAGUUUGUUGACCUUGGUUGGACUUACCUCAACCAUGGAUCUGGAGUUGGAUUUUUAUCAAAAGGUGGAUCCUAUGUGUCUCUUGUUGAUCCUGCAGGUGAACACCUGACAAUUAUAAUUGAGAAAAUGGUGAGCCUUUUGAAGAUUUUAAUUUUAAAAUAUUCAGUCCAAGUUCUUAAUACGUGAUUGACCAAUAAGCCUACAACAAUUGCAUAUCAAUGGUCACUAACCUUGUAGAAAUGUAUCCAGAACAUGGUUAUGGAAUAAAUCAACCAUUAUAGACUUAAGGAAAUCCUAGCAAAGCAUCCAGAAAUUAAUUUACAGCCAAAUAAUUUCAUUAAGUUGAAUUUGAUUUUAAACAUUGUACAAUAAAUUAAAUUAUGAGUAGAGGAAUAUGUAAAAUAAUUAAUGGGAUUUUUUUUUUAUCCCCUGAAAUAAUUGUUGAUUGUGGGGUUGUUUUUCCUUUCUAAUGUUGAAAUUAAUUUAUUUCUAGUCACAUGACCAUUCUGAAUGCAUUAGACCUUCUCUUCCAUGGUUCAAUGUGGAACCUGAAGAAGUCACUUUAACACUUAAUGGAAGUUUUGUAAGUACUUAUUCCCUUGGCUUUAACAUAACUGGUUAGACUACAUUGCAUUGGUUGUCCAUUUUUUAUUUAUAUGCCAAGUUGAUUUUCAAGUCUUCAGACUUAAGUGGGUAAGGUAAGGUUUAUGUACUUGGGGGCUUACCAUUUUACCUGUUAAUUAUUCAUAUCUGGAAACCUUGAUAUAUUUUUGUAAUUAUAUUAAUUAGUUUUAAUUUGAACACCAAUCCCAAACUUCAUUUGAGCAUCAUAAAAUGUAUUUAUUUAUUUAUAUAUAUAAAUAUGAGAUAUAUAUAUAUGUGUGUGAGAUAGCUGUAAUCUAAUAUAGAUGAUGCUCAGAUGAAGUUAUGGGAUUUGUGUUCAAAUUAAAACUAAUUAAAAUAAUUGCAAAUAAAUAUAGAAUGUUCUCAAGAUAUGAAUAAAUACCAGUUUAAUUUUAAAAUAUUUUCCCCACAUAUUUCUUGUUAUUCCAAUUCUUUUACUGUUUCAGGCACAUAUUACAGAGAUGAAUGUCUGGUACAGCAAAUUAGGUUUUGGAAAUGAAGAAAAUACAACAGUCUUUUUUAAGAAGCUAGACAAUAUUAAGGUAGUUAUAUAAGAAGGCAAUGGUUUAAAUAAUCUUAGCAAGUCUCUUGAGAGUUAAAAAAAUUUAGGUUUCAUUUUGAAGGUGUAAGGCAAAUUGCAAUUAACUUUGUCUUUUCCCUUAUAGUUUGUGAAUGGCCAGGCCAAACUUAGCUUACAACUUGAUGAAGUAUAUACAUUGACCACUUUAAAAAAAGGUCAGAAAGGUUCAUACCCUGAUCCUCCUCCACCAAAACCUUUCCCGCUGCCAUACAAGGAUGAUUUUGAAAGUAAGCAAUUUUAAACAUAACAAAUCAAAAUUAUUUAUUUUACAACACUGGUAAGUUAAUCCACUGGCCAAGGAUUUUUCUACUUAUAUUUUGAAGAGAUGUGAUAAAUUAAAAUCAGUUUUUCAUUCCUGUAACCAUUUUUAAACAUUUUAAUUAUUUUAUCUUUCACAUAUAAGAAUGGACACAGUUCAUACAUAAAAUAUUGUUUUUCAAAGGCUAUUCCUUGUACCAAGAACCCUUUAACCUCGCUCAGCAAUCUGGUUCUUUUGAGAUUGUCAAAGUUGGACAGAACCAAGUUGUUCGUCAAAUGGUCCUUACAAUGCCUAUCUAUUGGUGUGGUGCUGAUACCAGUAACAAGUCUGUAAAUUAUAUUGGAGAAAGAAGUUGGUAAGUUUAUUUACUUUUAAGCAUCUCGCAUUUUAAGUACAAGAAAAAUACUUUUUAAUUUUAAUUUGAACACUUAUUCUGAACUUAUAUAUUUUUUUUUUGUGAUGCUUAAUUAUAUGUUAGUGAUGAUGAGUUAAGAUCUAACUUUCAGUACAGUAGAAAUUGUAAUAAAAAUUCUCAUACUUGUCUUUAGAUUCAAUUUUAGUCAUCUGUAAUUGAGAUGAAACAAGCCAAUUGUAAUUUUCAAUUUAUUUGACAGGAAAGAUCUGUUUAUUGAGGUAGACUAUGAUUUCCCAGAGGCCAAUGCGACUCUUGGUGUAUUUGUUGCUGCUCGUCUGACCAAAGGUGGAUGUGAGGCAGAUCAGUCUCAUGGAAUUUUCUUCUUUGCCUUCCAGGAUGGUACUUUCAUACUGGCAAAUGAUCUGAGUAAGUUAUUGAGAAUUUCAAGAAAACUGAGAAUUAGAGCUACUAUUUAAAGAUGGAUUUAAUGUGGUGGUCAACUACAAAAUUAUGAGAUUUGUGUUUUUCUAAUAUUUCAAUUAUAUUUUUAUUUUCUAGGACGUGAAAAGGUGAUUGAGCAAGGGAAUGUAACACUAAAAUCUGGCUGGCAUAAACUUUCGUUACUUCUUCAGGUAAAUAUUGUAUUUAUUUUAUUGUGCACAUUGUUUAAAUCUGCUUGAAAUAUAUUCAAAGUUAAAGUGAGGAUUUAUUUCAUCUGUAGCAUUUAGAUUUUAUUGCUUAUAAUCUAAACAGGGUGAAAAUGCCUUAGGAGCUAUUGAUGGGAAAGGCAUCUUCAAUGUCACAGUUCCUAAUAGUCCAGACUAUGGGUUUGCUGCAAUAGGCACUGACAGUUUUGGACUUGCAGACUUUGAUAAUCUCUACAUUGCAUCCAAAGAAGAUGGUGUCCCAGUCAUGGAGAAAUACUUUCAGAAAUAUCAGCCCAGACCACUCUAUUUUGUCAAGAAUUUUGAGAUAAAGAAUUAGUUCAAUAAAGAAAUAGUUCAAUUCAAGAAAUCAUUUUUACAGGGCCCAUCUUUACAAUUUUCUUGAUUGUCGUGUCAAAUUUGCAGUCUUGAUUUUCAAAAUUUAUUUUAUUUUUAUUUAUGAUUGUGGCAUCUUUUGUUAAUUAUAAAACAG